CUGACGGAACGAAGGAUCUUCCCAAACCCUCUGACCCACCGCCAAAGAAACCGGAUGAGGGAACGACGAAACCAUCUGAACCAUCAAAGAAACCAGACGACUGUCCGCCACCGAAGAAACCAGAGGUGCCUCAUGGGACCGGGACUGGGACUGGGACUGGUACGACAAAGCCAUCCGAUCCACCAAAGAAGCCAGACGAUUGCAAUCCCCAACCGAAGAAACCAGAGGAGCCCCAUGGGACAGGAAUGAGCACGACCAAAUCCUCUGAACCUCCAAAGAAGCCCGACGAAACCCACACCAAGGUUCCCGAAUCGGCGACAAAGCCUCCUCCUACUUGCCCACCCGAAACCAAACCAAAUGGUGUGCCCAAUGGGACGGGUACGGGCACUGGUACGGGAGAUAAGGGAAUGGGUACUGGCACUGGCACUGGCACCGGCACUGGCACUGGAGAUAAGGGUACGGGUACGGGCACCGGUACGGGCACUGGCACUGGGAACAAUGGAACGGGGACGGGAACUGGGACGGGAACUGGCACCGGUACUGGGGACAAAGGAACUGGCACCGGGACCGGGACUGGCACUGGUACCGGUACUGGGGACAAAGGGACCGGGACUGGCACGGGGACUGGGACUGGGACUGGAGAUAAGGGAACGGGGACGGGGACGGGCACUGGGACGGGCACUGGGACAGGUGAUAAAGGAACGGGAAUGGGUACUGGAACGGGUACUGGAACUGGAACGACCAUACCCAACGGCACCGUUAAACAACCAACUGGGACCGACAAGCCAGCACCUAAUACAAAUAAAACACCGACUGGCCCGUCAGUAGGCCCGCCUACUGGCACCGGAACGGGUACACAUACGCCUACUGAUACCAGCGGCGUAGGAUCUUGUCGACUCGCAAGGCGCCAAGCUCACUGUAGGCUCCAGAUACAAGAUCCGCUUCGCUGAUGGUACAGAGCUUGGAGCUGGUCACCUAGGCUUGGGAUACUCCAUGAGUGCCAUCACGCUUGUCAGUCCACGCAAGAGCAAUUC